AUGGCACAGGAGCUCGACUUGGGUCACUCUGUCCUCCGAAUUCGAGACUCAAAUCUUCAGCUUUGCCUAGCUGCAUCAGCUCACCUCAGCCACCCAAUGAGCAAUGGAACCCCCGCAAUACACGCAGAUCUACACGUCUCGACCCUUGAUGACAUUUGGAUUACAGAGGGACCGGAGCUGAAAUUGUGUUUCUUCGUUUGGGGCGCCUGGGAUCGCGAUGUCUUGGUGUCAUUUGUCUCAAUGUUGAGUGCCAAAAUUCGUGACAUGAAGAUAUGGUCAGAGCUUGGAUUCUCAGCGGAUGCUACGACAGAUGAAGAUGCAGAGAACAUUGGUACUUUUGGUUUUCACUGGCUCGAGAUUAGCCUGCGCAAGGAUCGUCCGGAUCAUCGCUCUAUCACCCGCCGUACUUUACCCGACUCAAUGAUCAAUCCUCCAGAUGUUUGUCCUCCGCCAGAUGUACCGGUCGUUACUUUGAGCUCAAUUGACGUCCAGCUGGAGUAUCGGUUAUGUGAGGGGGGCACAACACAGAACCAAGGCCUCUACCUCUCUGAUCUAAACACUCUCGGACGAAGAUCAGAUAUAUGCGAACAACAUUUUCAACUGUUGGAAACCGGUAUCCGGAGGCUCGUCAUCUCCAGCUCCUUCAAAGAUCCCACGAUUCACGUCUCGAAACAGGCCCCAACUAAGAGCCUCACAAAUUUGUUUCCCGUGGUGUUCAAUCCUGGUUAUCGAGAUGCGAUGAAUCAGCGUGGAACUACCAUACCAACAUUAACCAGAUCCAUGUCUUCUAUGCUAUUGGGUAGCAAUAACCCAUCAAUCAAAGCCCGGUUUGCGAACCUGCUACAGCUCGACCAUUCCCCGCAUACAGACGAGUCCACAGCACGACCUGAAGCUCCCCUAGUGAGGUCCGCAGUCCACGCCUCGUUUUGGCGCGCUGCUUUGAAGAACGUAUCCAGGCCAAGGCACUACAAAAGAAAAGGCUCCACCGUCUCCGCCAGUGCCAGUUCAAGCAGAGUCGCUGACCAAGAGAAUGAUGUGCCUCCCUUGUCGAUGGAUCAGCAUUUCGGAAAUGAAACACUUGAGCUGCUUGAUAACUUGGAGGACCAGGCAUAUCCUAGACACGUUGAAAGCGAUGAGAUCCUGUUGAACAGUGAACCCGAUUCUGAAGACCAGCUUUUCGACAAUGUCAGCGAUAUAGGUUUCACAGACACUGGAAGUGGAGAGUCGACCCAGACAUCGCUCGAUACCUUGCUCUCGACCCAAGCGUCUUCUGAGGAUUUUGAUGGUGAUCAUGAGGCGAUGAUGCUCUCAAGCCCUGGUGAAUUGGCAGAUUACGAGGAAGACUCCGUGGCAGACUAUGAUGCUUGUGAGGAUAUGCAGAGCUAUGAUACCGAUAUGAUAAUGGCUGAUGACUUUUGA